AGUAACUGACAUAUUGUAUUCAACUGUACAAUAAUACAUUGACAUCGUUUUUUAUAAUUAACUGUACAAAAUGUAAGAGAUGAGGGUUAAAAAAUAGAAGAAAUCAUCACAGUAAUAAUAAUAAUUACACUCAUAAUAAUAACAUAUAAUAAUAACAAUAAUAACAUAAUCAUAGAUCAGUAGUCCCCAACCCCUGGGCCGCGGACCAGUACCGGUUUGUGGGUCAAUUGGUACUGGCCCGCACAGAAAGAAUACAUCAUUUACAUUAAUUCCGUUUUAUUUAUUAUCUGAUUCUGAACAAUGUUUUAUUUUGAGUCAUCUGUCCAUGACUCACUCUGACGCAUGUCAAGAUGCUUGCCUCCCUCACAUGUCACGGUCGAAGAAGAAGACCAACUGCUGGAGAUCGCAAAUGAUGGCGGCCUUAAAAGUAUGUUUCUGCCGGUGUUCUGGAUUAGAGUCAUGGCAGAAUACCCUGAGACGCAGCACCCGUCUCCUGGCUCGCGUCAUCUGGGUCCUCCGUUACCGGCUGCUGCGCAAUGAACAGGCAGGACUUCACAUUUGUCCUUUGGUCAGCGGCAGCAUCCGCAACUGGUUGAUGGACUUGGCCAUUUAUCCCCAACCGGUGCGCAUGCCGCUGACGCACUGCUGCGCUCUGUGCAGUAUCGUUGGCGCGAUGUUACGAGGACGCUGCUAAUACAUUGCCUACACAGUCGAUUCACGUUUAUUAUAUUUAGAAAAUAGCAGUUUUAAUGCCGGUCGUGUCAUUUUAUUUUGUUGUAUUUAUCCGCCACACAUUAAAGGCAGGUCUGUGAAAAUAUUGUCUAACAUUAAAACCAGUCCGUGGUGCAAAAAAGGUUGGGCAACGCUGAAUUAGAUUAUAAAAUAUAGAGAUGCAUCGUCUUAAUAACUGGUUGUCACUGAUUAUAUUUUGUUAUUUGACGUCAUUCUGGGCUUUUGUUUUUUAAAUGUGCUUAUAAAUUCAUUUGAGUUGAGAUAUCUCUUUUUCUGUGGGUGACCUUUUUGAGAGGGCAGCAGCACAUGUCAGAGUGAGUAUGAGAGCGUUAGGAAACAGGUCACAAACUAUUACUAUAAUAAUUAGGAAAGGACCCAGGUGGACACUAAAUUCAAAAUGGCUGACUUCCUGUUGAGUUGAGGUCAUGGUCCCAGUGGAUUUUUGUUUGUCUCGGCUGCAACACGUUCCCACCAAGUUUCAUGAAAUUCGGUGCAACUUAAUUUUGGCUUGCUCCAUCCACGUUUCACCUUAGAGUUCUUACGCCUGUCAACCUCCUCAAAAAUGACCACAAAGACAUGGAAUAAUGAUGAUAAUAAUAUCAUCGAUAAAAAUAAUCUGAAGGAAAACAACAGGUUCCUCACACAAACUCAUGCCAGGAUCUGUUUCAGCCACUGGACAUUAAAUCAGUCAUGACACCGUGUAACGAGAAACUACAGAAAUCAGUCAAUGGUACGCACUGCACCUUUAAGAUUCACACACAGGAGACACCUGUGUUUGUUCUCAAGUCAGCACAAGUAUUUAAUGAUAAACAUGAGCCGCUCUUAGACACGCACACACACACUAAGCUCCUCCCCCUAACUCCAUUUCAAGUGCGCACACAGAAAGAAAGAAGAGAGGAAACUGCAAUUACACGGUUUUUUUUUCCGUGUCUCUGCCUCAGACUCUGGAUUCUGGCUGUGAGUGUGAGGACCACGAUGAGGAGCGUCCCUCCGCUGUCCAACCUGCGUGAAGAGUAAAGAGCCUCCAGAGACACGAGAGCAGACUCCGCUGUCCACCCUGAACGAGACGAUGGCCGAAGACCAGAGGACGAGAGCAGGGUCUGGUCCAGGACUCAGGUGUCCACCAGUUAAGAGUGACCAGUCCAGAGAUGAAGACAUGAACUUCAGUAAUGAACCAGUGAAGAGUGACCAGUCCAGAGAUGAAGACAUGAACUUCAGUAAUGAACCAGUGAAGAGUGACCAGUCCAGAGAUGCAGACAUGAACUUCAGUAAUGAACCAGUGAAGAGUGACCAGUCCAGAGAUGAAGACAUGAACUUCAGUAAUGAACCUGGAGCCUCACACCCAAAAUCUUUGUCCAGAGUGAGACAUGAUGGUCCAGGACUCAGGUGUCCACCUGUGAAGAGUGAACAGUCCAGAGAUGAAGACAUGAACUUCAGUAAUGAACCAGUGAAGAGUGACCAGUCCAGAGAUGAAGACAUGAACUUCAGUAAUGAACCAGUGAAGAGUGACCAGUCCAGAGAUGAAGACAUGAACUUCAGUAAUGAACCUGGAGCCUCACACCCAAAUGUUUCCAUGGACAAGCAGCCGUCCUGCUGUCCUCUGUGUCAGGACACCCUGAAGGACCCAGUCUCCACCAGCUGUGGACACUGGUUCUGCAGACGCUGCAUCUCCUCAUACUGGGACCAGUCUAGUUCACCUGGAGACUCCUGCUGUCCCCAGUGUGGAAAAAGACCCAGAACAGGAACUGGACCACAGACAGAUGUUGGUCUGCAGGAGGUUCUAGAUGAACAUAAGAUCAGUCUAAGGAGGAGAUUUGAACAUGUGACUGAAGGAACUGAUGGAACAGGAAGUAAAACCCUCCUGAACAGGAUCUUCACUGAGCUCUACAUCACAGAGGGACAGAGUGAAGAGGUCAAUACUCAACAUGAGGUGUGGCAGCUGGAGAAGACUUUCAAGAAGAAGAUUGUCCAGGACAAUCCCAUUAAGUACUGCGACAUCUUUGAAGCCUUACCUGACCAGCAGGGGCGCAUCAGAGUCGUCCUGACCAAUGGCGUCGCUGGUGUUGGAAAAACCUUCUUGGUGCAGAAGUUCACUCUGGACUGGGCCGAGGGUUUGGAAAACCAGGAUGUGAAUCUGCUGAUUGUGCUCUCGUUCAGGGAGCUGAACCUGAUCAGAGAUCAGCAGCACAGUCUUCUCACGCUGCUCCAUGUUUUCCAUCCAACAUUAGAGAAGGUCAGAGCAGAGAAGCUUGCUGUCUGUAAACCUUUGUUCAUCUUUGAUGGCCUGGAUGAAAGUAGACUCUCACUGGACUUCAAUAGCAGGACGCUGGUUUCUGACGUCACACGCAGGUCAUCAGUCAACGUGCUGCUGACCAACCUCAUACAGGGGAAUCUGCUUCCCUCGGCUCUCAUCUGGAUAACUUCUCGACCUGCAGCGGCCAAUCAGAUCCCUCCUACAUGUGUUGACAGGGUAACAGAAGUACAAGGCUUCACUGACGACCAGAAAGACAAGUACUUCAGGAAGAGAUCCAGAACUGAAGAUCUGUCAAGCAGAGUCAUCUCACACAUCAAGAAGUCCAGGAGCCUCCACAUCAUGUGUCAAAUCCCAGUCUUCUCCUGGGUCAGUGCGACAGUUUUGGAGCACAUGUUGACUUCAGAGCAGAGAGAAGAGCUGCCCAAGACCCUAACAGACCUGUACUCACACUUCCUGCUGGUUCAGACAGAGAGGAAGAAGAACAAGUACGAUGAAGGACAUGAGACAAGUCCACAGGAACUGAUGGAGGACAACAGGGACGUUCUUCUGAAGCUGGGGAGGCUGGCCUUUGAACAACUGCAGAAAGGAAACAUCAUGUUCUACCAAGAAGACCUGGAACAGUGUGGUCUUGGUGUGACAGAGGCCUUGGUGUACUCAGGAGUUUGUACAGAGAUCUUCAGAAGAGAGAGUGUGAUCUUCCAGAAAUCAGUCUACUGCUUUGUUCAUCUGAGCGUUCAGGAGUUUCUGGCUGCAGUCUACAUGUUCCACUGUUUCACUAACAGGAAGAAAAAGGUACUGCAGGACUUUCUGGGAAAAGAAUAUUCAAUCCAGACCCAAACACCUCUUUUCAAGAAGCUCUCUCAGCCAUCUCUGGAUGUGUUCCUGAAAGUAGUCCUGGAGAAAUCACUUCAAAGUGAAAAUGGUCAUCUGGACCUGGUUGUCCGCUUCCUUCAUGGACUCUGUCUGGAGUCCAACCAGAGACUCUUAGGAAGUCUGCUGGGUCAGACUCACAACAGUCCAGAAAUCAUCCAGAGAGUCAUCAAGAACCUGAAAGAGAUGAACACAGACAACAUGCUUCCCAAUAGAUGUGUCAACAUCUUCCAUUGUCUGAUGGAGAUGAAAGACCAGUCGGUGCACCAGGAGAUCCAAGAGUUCCUGACAUCAGGGAAAUCAUCCAUGAAGAAACUCCCUUCAAUCCACUGCUCAGCCCUGUUCUACAUGGAGCAGAUGUCCAAGGACGUUCUGGGUGAGAUUGCCCCUAAGCAGUACAACAUGUCACCGGAGGAACUGCAGAAAGCUUUGAGCAACUGCAGAAAGGUUUGGUGUAACCAGGACAUGGACAUCUGAUGAGAGCCAGAGGACGAGCUUCUUCAUCCGAGCUGCCGUGACGGAGCAUGAUCAGCGCUUGUGCGACGCCCAGACUCCACCUACUCCAUCCUGGUCUCUGUUAUUCUCACUCAGUCACUCACUCACCGUCAUCAUCAUCAUCAUCACCGUCUUGUCUUUGUAUUUUACGUUUAAGUUAGUGUUUUAUCAGCUCACAUUACAUUACUGCAGAAAGAUACUACAGAACCAGACACAGGGGGGUGCCACCUGAAGUUGACUAUUAGAAGUUGUGAGAGAGAGAGCGUUGCUGUCAGUGAAGUCGUAUUUUGGCUAACUAAAGGUCACGUGUGAUUCUGAGCUCAUCGUGUUUGUUUUAAGGAAAACAGCUUUAGCUUCAGCUCACCUGCACGCUCUGACCCCGCCCCCUGGAGCAAUAUAUCCUCCACCUGUGGCCGUUCCACUUUUUACCUUUUAAACAGUUGGCCUGUGUGGGUGUGUGUGUGUGGAUUAUUCUUGUUAAUGGACCAGCCUUUUCUAAAGUUUUUCCAAACUGGAUGAGGAAAAACCCAGAAGUGGGUUUCUUUUUCUUUAUGGACUUAUAUGGAUAAAGUGCAAGUGUUAAUAUUAUAUCAUAUUGCAUAUUGCAUAUUGCAUAUUGCCCUAUUGCGCUAGAACUUGUGCUAAAGUGCUAACCUGUUUAUUGCACAUUGUUAGUCAGCUUCAUGUAUACAGGGACAAAUGAUCAUUUAAGUCCGUUAGAUUAGCAUCACGACUUACAGUCUUCUUCCUGAUGGUGAGGUUUCGUAUUCACACACAAAUCUUCACUGAUUUGCAAAGUCAAAUAAAGCAUUGAAUAAUGUGGG